UCUUGCAAUAGGGUAACUUCAGGUUAGAUAAGCGCCAAUUUAGAAACUCCGCCAUUUUUUAAAAACACAUUGUAGAAGUGGUUUAUUUAGGAGAAGAAAUUGUUUAUGAAUUGUUUGAAUAAAAUUAAAUAUUAAUCUGAUUGAAGUGAGUUUGUGAACCAUGGGCGCCGGAACAAAAGGGGAUGCUGAUGAUUCCUCACAGCUUGUAAGCAAUGAUGGAGACGCCAUCAAGGUGUUUGUGAGAGUACGCCCGCUCGCACAGGGCAGUGGACUGUCAACAGAUGGUGACCAAAACCUUUGUUUGACUGUCACCUCGUUCAACACCAUUCGACUCCAUUCCAAACCUGAGCCAAGAAUAUUCACAUAUGACCAUGUGGCGGACAUGGAUGUUUCCCAGGAAGCUGUCUUUUCAAGUGUGGCUAAGAACAUUGUAGAAUCCUGUAUGAAUGGAUACAACGGCACUAUAUUUGCAUAUGGUCAGACAGGAUCCGGUAAAACAUUUACGAUGUUGGGUCCUUCUGAAUCUGACAACUUUACUCACAAUAUGCGAGGGGUAAUUCCUCGUAGCUUUGAAUAUCUUUUUUUCCUAAUAAACAGAGAAAUAGAAAAGGCUGACAAGAGUUUCCUGUGCAAGUGUUCCUUUAUUGAAAUCUACAACGAGCAGAUCUUCGACCUUUUGGACAGCGCCUCUGCCAGCCUCUUUCUCCGUGAAAAUAUGAAGAAGGGAGUUUUUGUUGACGGAGCUGUUGAGAAGGUAGUAACUUCAGCAGCGGAGGCUUAUCAGGUUUUGUCAAUGGGUUGGCGGAAUCGGCGUGUGGCCUCUACCUCCAUGAACAGGGAGUCUUCCCGAUCUCAUGCAGUCUUCACGGUUACAGUAGAGUCCAAGGAGAAGAUCAAUGAGAUUGUUAACAUCAGGAGCAGCCAACUUAACCUGGUUGAUUUGGCAGGCUCUGAGAGACAAAAGGAUACCCACACAGAAGGCACUAGACUGAAGGAAGCGGGCAGCAUCAAUCGAUCCUUGAGCUGCCUGGGUCAGGUGAUCAUGGCCCUGGUGGAUGUGUCCAAUGGGAAGAGUAGACAUAUCUGUUACAGGGACUCCAAGCUGACCUUUCUGCUCCGGGACUCUCUUGGUGGAAAUGCAAAGACCUUCAUCAUUGCCAAUGUCCACCCUGGCUCCAAGUGUUUUGGCGAGACACUCUCCACUCUGCAGUUUGCCCAGCGAGCCAAGUUAAUUAAAAAUAAGGCUGUGGUAAAUGAGGACACACAGGGGAAUGUGAGUCAGCUCCAGGCAGAGGUUAGGAAGCUGAAGGAGCAGCUUUCCCAGCUAAUGGCCGGGCAGAUACCACAGGGGGUGACCAGGGAAAUACCACAGGGGGCAUCUGGCACAAAUGAUGCUGAACCUGCUGGUGUGUCUAGCAAAGAAUAUAGGAACAAUUUUUUGGAAGCCAUGCUCUUCUGGGAGAAGAGUGAAAGUGAAAAAAAGAAUCUCCUGCAGAAAGUGGCUCAGCUUGAGGAUGCUUGGGCCAAAAAAGAGAGGUUCAUUCAGUCCACCAGGAUGAUUGUCAAGUUCCGGGAGGAGCACAUUGCUCGACUGGAGAAGACUCUGAAAGAGUCUGGGAGAUGCCUGGAUUCUGAUGAGAAGGAUGCCGUGAUUGAUCAUCUCAAACAAGAGAUAAAAGCUCUUAGGGAGCAGGUUGACCAGCAUCCCCGCGUUGCAAAAUAUGCCACGGAGAAUCAUAGCCUGCGAGAGGAGAACAAGCAGCUGCGUUCGCUGGAGUCCGUGAAGAGAGCCAAAGAGAUCAACACUCAGAUCGCAGCAGAGCUGGAAAAGGCUUUCCUGGAAGCAGACAAGGGUUCUGGAGUUUUACCAGUUCACUCCACCCCGAUAACUGCUGAGAAUGUCUCCUCUGUGUCAAUGGAGAGAUUGAAGGCACAGCUAAUGCAGAAACAAAGUGAACUGACCACAACAGUUCAAGCUUAUGAGGAGUUCAAAGAACUAACUAAGAAGAAACAACUAGAAAUGGAGUCAGAACUUCGGUACCUUGAAAAAUCCAACCAGCACUUGGAAAACAUUUUGGAGGCGACAAAAACAUACAAAAGACAAGAGGUUUCCCAGCUGAACAAAAUGCAUGUCGAAACAAUUAAGAAUCUGACCACACCCACCAAGGCUUACAGACUGAGGUCUCGGCUGGUGCCGCAUUUAAAUGCUGACAGAACCCCUGACUGUAAUACUGCAACAGAAAGCACAGAGGAGCAAGUGGAUUAUAUUUUGAACGAGCCGGUCCCUCCAGGGAUGAAUGAAAUGGCAUAUGAGGCCAUUGCUGAGGAGCUCCAAAUGGUGCAGGAACAAGCAAAUACCCUUCAGGCCAAGCUGGAUGAAGAAGAGGCCAAGAACAUGAAGCUGCUGCAGCAGAUCAGUAAAUUGGAGGGACAUUCUUCUCAAAUGCAACAGCUGUUUUCUUCUGAGCGUGCAAACUGGAGCAAGGAACAGCAAGACCAUCAUGAUCAGAUCAAAUCUCUGGAAAAAGAGCUCCUCGGGGAGCAGAGCAAGAAUGAUGUGCUCAGGAGUGAAGUGUAUGACCUGCGGGUGGUGCUGCAGUCAGCAGACAAGGAGCUUGGUGCUGUGAAGAGCGAGUACAAUUCCUACAAACACAACCAGGAGUUGGAGCUGAGCCAGCUGUCCAACAACCUCAUCAACGUACGCCUGCAGCUGGAUAAUGUCAGGUUGGAACACGAAAGCUUAUUGGAAGAGAAGCGAUCUCUCCAGGAUGCUCAUGAUAACCUGCAGGAAGUGAUGAAGUAUGAAUCAGAAGAAUACAAGCAACGCCUUGCAGAGAGCGUGCAGGAGAAGGCAACUCUUCAAGCUGAGCUCCACAAAUUCAUGGAGUUCUUGGCUACCGAAAAGGAACAUAAUCAGAAACUAACAUUGCAGCUUAAAGAAGACAAGGAAACAUCAUCUAAGGAUCUCGUAAUUGCUCUGGAUGAGAAUGUCAGCUUGAAGAAACAGUAUUCUGAAUUAGCAAUGAGAUGUGAGCAACAGGUUGCAAAUCUACAAAAACUGGAGCAGUGUCUUGCAACCGCGAAUUCGACAAUUGCUGAACUGGAGACAAAUGCAUCAGAUAAAGAAGUUGUUGCUGAUUUAAUGAACCAGACCCAGGUGUUAAGGACGUCUCUCAACGAGAAAACACAGAUGUUGGCCCUGCAUUUAAGUGAGCUGGGUGACAUUCAAACCAAGUACCAUGUAGCCUUAACUGCCACAGAGGAGAGCAAAGGUAUUAUUGAGAAACAGGAGAAAGAGAUCAGUGACCUAAAGGAGAUCAUGAUGAGGAAGACUAUUUCGAAUACCAUUGAGCAAGAGCUUUUGCAAGAUGAUCUCACUCACACAACUGAGGAGAUGGAGAAGCUUACAGAGGCUUACAACAAGCAAACUGCUCUUCUCCAAGCUGUCCAAGCUGAGGCAAUUGUGAGAGAAACAACCAUCAAAGAACUGCAAGAAAAGCUGAUACAGAAAGAAGCUGAACAGGAAAACAUCAAGAAAGAAAAUGAUCAGAAACAAACUGAAGCAGUUCCAGCAGAGCUGCCACAGACACCUAGGACUCCCAAUAGUUUCAGCACUGACUUGUCCAAAGUUCUGGAGGGUCAGGAGCGAGAGUUGCAGAACAGAAGAUCCUCAAUGGUUACACUUGAGAUGCUGGUGACUGAGCUGAAUUCUGAAAGGGCGGCUAAAAAUGAAGAGAUUUUGCGACUCAAGGGCCAGUUGUGUGAAGUGGAAAAUUUGCGUUUGGAAAUGCAGACUUGGGUUGAUCGGUGCCAUAAGUUGCAGCAACAAGCCCAAGGCACAGGAAGCAGCAGUGAUGAGAAGAAUAAGAAAAGUGAUCACAACCAAAGCAACGAAGUUAUAAAGGAACUCGCAGAGGAACGAAAAGCAAAGAACAGUGCAAUGAGACAACUGGGUGAACUUGAAGCAGAGUUGCAGGGUACUUCAGCAACCCUCGCACAAGCUCAGAUAUGCAUUCAGAGCAUGACAUGCGAUCUGAAGGGCAAAUCUUUGGAACUGAAAGAGCUUCAAGAAAAAGAAAUACAGCAGGAUAAACUUCUUAAGGAAUUGGAAGUCCUGAGGAAACAAGUGAUGUUUCUGACAGAAGAGAAUGGGAAACUUGUGGGACAUCAAAACCUGAACCAAAAGAUCCAAUACUUAAUGGAACUGAAGAAAAAGAACACCAAACUAAUAGAGGAGAAUGAAAAACUGCGACUGGAGCUCAUUGCUGUGAAAGAGAACUGCAAGAAAGAGUGAACAGCUCCUGAUUCAAUCAAUCUCAAACAGUUUUAUUUUUUUUCAGUUCCCACUUUGUUUUGCUUGAAUUCUUAAGGUUUACAGUCACCCUCAAAGUCCUGGAUGCAUUUAACUGGUCGACUGUCCUCCUCAUGUAAAUAGUGCAAUGAAAGUGGAAACAUCUCUUUUCUCUGUCUUGCUGUUGUCAUCUCUUUUAAAACAUACCCUGCCUUUACACUGUUUUUUUGUCAUUUGUUUGUCGUCUCCUCUGUCCUAAUGCUUUCCUGGUCUCGGUCCUGAUCCAGUUAAUGAAUUCUUUUCACUUUUGUAUGUGGGGUGGGAGAUUUAAUGCUGUAGACACCUGUCAUCUUUUUAUCUACAGUUAAGAGCUCUCUGAAUGAAGAUGGUUUGAUGAAUUUGUCAACAAACCUUGUAAUUAAUAAUAAAAAUUUUAAAUGUU